ACGUAUCUUUAACUGGGUAACCCUUCACACAGACUCUUCUGCUCACGAGUCACACGACUGUCACACAGAGACUCUUCGUGUUGAGAGUUUGUCUGGGCAUCGCCGCUUCUGCUCACCCCAUCACCACCUUCGUUUCAGUCCAAUUGAAACGGUUUUGAUUUACAUAACAGGGAAGAAUGAAUUUUGCAGCUUCAUUGUGUAGGAGAUUGUCCGUUAGUGACUUGGUUACAAGAAUUCCCGUCUACACUUCUACAAGCGAGGUGUCUGGAGAUGGCUUAAGCAUGGUGUUCAGACGCUGGGCCACCAAGAAAACCGCGGGGUCCACCAAGAACGGGCGCGACUCAAAACCCAAGAAUCUUGGCGUGAAGAAGUUUGGUGGUGAGAAAGUGAUACCGGGGAAUAUUAUUGUACGACAAAGAGGCACUCGUUUCCACCCGGGAGAUUACGUUGGAAUGGGUAAAGAUCACACACUCUAUGCUUUAAAAGAAGGGUGUGUCAAGUUUGAACGCCACAAGCUGAGCGGUCGCAAGUGGGUCCACGUCGAACCCAAAGAGGGCCAUGUUCUUCAUCCGAUCUACUUGAAAGCGAACGCAGCCAAGUCAAACACGACAGCUUAGGUGGGACUUUUUUGUUGAAUCAUUCAUUUUCCAGUGUCAUAUUGUUGACAGAACUAGAUAAAGUAUUAGCAGGAUGGGCCUUGUGGGCUUUUCAAAAACUUUUAAUGAAUUUGUUGAAAUUUGUGUCAUGCUAUCUUUAGAUAAGAAUGGAUAAGUUGAAAUUAUUGGUAAGCUUA